GGCCGGCCCCCGCGCCCAGGCGGCUGCUCCCUGCUGACUGGGGUGUGGGCGGGGAGCGGCGGAGGGAGGAGGAGACGCUGCUGGCCGCCGCCGUUGCCUCAGCUGCUGGGCGCCUGGGCAGCUCCCCGGGUUCCUGCGGCCGCCAUGGACGAGCAGGCGGGUCCCGGCGUCUUCUUCAGCAACAACCACCCGGGCGCCAGCGGUGCCAAGGGUCUCGGGCCUCUGGCGGAGGCUGCCGCGGCCGGCGACGGGGCGGCUGCGGCGGGGGCGGCGCGAGCCCAGUACAGCCUCCCGGGAAUCCUGCACUUCCUUCAGCACGAGUGGGCCCGCUUCGAAGUGGAGAGAGCCCAGUGGGAAGUAGAGCGGGCGGAGCUGCAGGCUCAGAUUGCCUUCCUUCAGGGGGAAAGGAAAGGUCAAGAAAAUUUGAAGAAGGAUCUUGUGAGGCGGAUCAAAAUGCUGGAGUAUGCUCUCAAACAGGAAAGAGCCAAAUACCACAAGUUGAAAUAUGGGACAGAAUUGAAUCAGGGUGAUAUGAAGCCUCCAAGCUAUGAUUCUGAUGAAGGUAAUGAAACAGAGGUGCAACCACAACAAAACAGUCAGUUAAUGUGGAAGCAAGGUCGACAGCUACUCAGACAGUACCUGCAGGAGGUGGGUUACACAGAUACCAUUCUAGAUGUGAAAUCCAAACGAGUGCGAGCUUUGUUGGGCUUUUCCAGUGAUGUCACUGACAGGGAAGAUGACAAAAAUCAAGACUCAGUUAUAAAUGGCACGGAGGCUGAAGUUAAAGAGACAGCAAUGAUUGGAAAAUCUGAGUUAACAGAUUCUGCCUCCGUGCUGGAUAAUUUCAAAUUCCUUGAAAGUGCAGCUGCAGAUUUCAGUGAUGAAGAUGAGGAUGAUGACGUUGAUGGAAGAGAGAAAAGCAUCAUUGAUACUUCAACAAUUGUUAGGAAAAAAGUAUUGCCCGAUACCAGUGAAGAUCGUGAUACAAAAGAAGCUCUAAAAGAGUUUGACUUCUUGGUUGCAUCAGAGGAAGGAGACAGUGAAUCUAGAAGUGCCGGUGAUGGGACAGACUGGGAAAAAGAAGACCAGUGUCUGAUGCCUGAAGCUUGGAAUGUGGACCAGGGAGUAAUUACCAAACUCAAGGAACAAUACAAAAAGGAGAGAAAGGGGAAAAAGGGAGUGAAGAGAAAAACUACCGAAGAUCUGUUUCACCCUCUAUCCUAUCUAAAACAGUCAAAACAGGGAUGUGGGAGAAUGAAGCAUCAAAGUAUAGGGCCCAAUAGGUCAAAACUACAAGACAUGCUUGCUAAUUUGAGAGAUGUUGAUGAACUUCCCUCAUUGCAGCCAUCUGUGGGUUCACCUUCCAGACCUAGCAGCUCCAGGCUUCCUGAACAUGAAAUAAAUAGGGCAGAUGAAGUGGAAGCAUUGACGUUUCCUCCUUCUUCUGGGAAGUCCUUCAUCAUGGGAGCAGAUGAAGCCCUUGAAAGUGAACUGGGACUUGGAGAAUUGGCAGGCCUUACAGUGGCCAAUGAAGCAGAUUCAUUAACUUAUGAUAUAGCAAACAAUAAAGAUGCAUUGAGGAAGACAUGGAACCCUAAGUUUACAUUAAGAAGUCACUUUGAUGGCAUUCGAGCUCUUGCUUUCCACCCCAUAGAGCCUGUUUUGAUAACAGCAUCAGAGGAUCACACAUUAAAAAUGUGGAAUUUGCAGAAAACAGCCCCAGCCAAAAAGAGUACGUCCCUGGAUGUGGAGCCUAUCUAUACAUUCAGGGCUCAUAAAGGUCCAGUGCUUUGUGUGGUAAUGAGCAGCAAUGGUGAACAGUGCUACAGUGGUGGUACUGAUGGGCUGAUCCAGGGCUGGAACACUACCAACCCCAACAUCGAUCCCUAUGACUCUUAUGAUCCUUCUGUUUUAAGAGGCCCUCUCCUAGGCCACACCGAUGCAGUCUGGGGUUUGGCUUACAGCGCAGCACACCAGCGUUUGUUGUCCUGUUCAGCAGAUGGCACUCUCCGUUUAUGGAAUACAACUGAGGUUGCUCCAGCCCUGAGUGUAUUUAAUGAUAAUCAAGAAUUGGGAAUCCCUGCCUCGGUGGAUCUAGUGAGCAGUGACCCGAGCCAUAUGGUAGCAUCAUUCAGCAAAGGAUACACAAGCAUCUUUAACAUGGAAACACAACAACGUAUUCUUACCUUAGAAUCCAACCUGGAUUCGACAACCAACUCUUCCUGCCAAAUAAAUAGAGUCAUCAGUCAUCCCACUCUUCCCAUCAGUAUCACUGCUCAUGAAGACAGGCACAUCAAAUUUUAUGAUAACAAUACAGGCAAACUGAUCCACUCGAUGGUAGCCCACCUAGAAGCCGUAACAAGUUUAGCAGUUGAUCCUAAUGGCCUGUACUUGAUGUCUGGCAGUCAUGACUGUUCAAUACGUUUAUGGAACCUAGAAAGUAAGACGUGUAUCCAAGAGUUUACAGCGCAUCGGAAGAAGUUUGAAGAGUCAAUUCAUGAUGUAGCUUUCCACCCAUCCAAAUGCUAUAUAGCCAGUGCUGGGGCUGAUGCACUGGCUAAAGUCUUUGUAUGACACAAUGCAUCGUCUUCACCUUCUAGCUCUUUAUAAAUAAUCAACUGCACAAAAGAGAUACAGAAGACCAGGGCAAGAAUUAACCCAUCCAGCCCUUUUGUUCUGCUGAAGGAGCACAUAGAACAUUUGUUAAAGUAUAGUUUUGCAAUUCGUUUACUGUUUUCUAAAACUAAGGUUUGUUCAGGUUGCUGCAAGCUCAGCUGAAUCUGUAAGCCUGAAAACUUUAACAUUUUUCCCAAAAUAGGAGCUUUUAUUUCUGAGGUGGUUCUAAUUCGCUAGGCAGGCCUGAGCGAAGAACCUAGAUUUAGCUUGUCCCUGUUGAGUAAAUAGGGCACAUUAUAAGGGAUAAUUAAAAAGCUUGAUGGCUGGGAAUGAGUGGAGGAAGAAUGGAAACUUAGACCUAGUUCACCCCUGAGAAAUCUUGUUACAUUAGGUAGUCAAAACAAUAGUCUUUAUCAUACCUGCUGUAGUAACCCCCAUGUAUAUAAUGACCAGGCAGUGUUAAAAUGAGUUUUUAAUUUAGCUCUCCUUUCAAUUGUUCAUAUAAAGCACCUGAAAAAACAUUUUACCUAUUAGAAGGAAAAAGGGAAAUGCAAUAAUAUGUUAAAUAUAUUAUUACUCAGAAAUGCUAAACAAAUAUUUAGUUUGUAAGCAGAUUUCUAUAUUGUAUUACAUUUUUGAAAAUAGAUUUGGUACCAUUCUAAAGUUUAGCAUCAGAAACACUCACUGUUAUGAAGAAUAGUUGAUAGAGUCUGCUUUUACUAAAGGAUUUAACUUAUUCAAGUUUAAGAUUCUGUUUAUUUUUAAGGGCAAGCAGGGCAUAUCUUUAUAAUAAUUUCUAUUAAUUUUAAAAUUCACUCUAUUCAUGUGAUAUUUAUAGUGCCAGAGUGAUUAUUUCAUAUCAAUGAAAUCUUACCUUUCAGUGGUUGAAAAGCUGAAAGUUAUUUACGAGUACUCAUCUGUCAAAACCUAUAUAACCAUGCCUCAUGAUCUCUACUCCUUCUUUGUCUCUUGUAUUCAAAUUAUCUGACACUUACCAAAAAUAGUUUGUAAUUAUUAUGGUUUAAUAGUCCAAAGGGUAUGGUUAACCUCAGGCAGCUGCUUUUGCAGAAGUACUAAAUAAAGCAAAUGUUUUGUACCCUAGAAGUUCCCCUAUUCGUAUCUCCAAGAAGAACCUCUUGGAAGUCUGGAUGGAAUAGUUUGGUGUAUAAUAUUGGUUAAAGAUUUCUCUCUUUCCCCUUCUCUAACCCACCUCCAGCAUUUAAUUGGAAUACACAACAUGUUUUAAUGGGCAGUGAAUCAAUAUUGUUUCUGGGGAAAACCAUGUCUUAAAGGACCAAGGUUCCCUGAGCUCACCUUAUUUAUGGUCUGCAUAUGGUCAGCUCUUGGGAUUUCCAUGACCCCCCUCUCUGGACCUGGUAUGUAGACCUCAUUCCUAUAGCUGUCUCACCUCUCUUCACAUUCUCCUCUUGUUUGCCCAAAUGUCAGAGACCAAUCUGGAAAUUAGAAAUAAGUGAUGCCCAAAUUUCCAGCACAGUAUAUCUUUAAUAGGCUCUCAGACUUAAAAAAAAAAAACCCAUAUCCAUAAGUACUUUAACCUUUUAAUAUAAUUCCUACAUUCCUAUGCCCACAUAUCCCGUUAUCAUAACAGUGGCACUUCCAAUGAUAUCUACAUCUACUCCAUGAAGAAGUAUUCCAGUGAUGGUGUGGAUAUUAAUUGACAGUUUUUCUUUCAAAUAUCUGCUUAUCUGCCGCUAGAAUUCUGCAGCAUACAGGCAAAUUUUCUUUGAAGACCUAUGUUAAAUUUGCCUGGGUUAAUAUUUUGACACAGCUACCUUUGUCAUUUCAUUUGUGCUUUGGUUAACAGCGGGCUCAAGGGUUGCCUUUGUAUAUUCAAAUGAAUUGACCUGGAUGUGAGCUACCAGGUAAUAUUUUAUUCCCACACAGGUUUAGAUUUCCACAUUGUGUUUGGUGAAGUCCUCUUUUGAUUCUUCGCAAAGUAAAUAAAAGAUGUCACUGACAUAAACAUUUGUAGGUUACUGGAAAAUCCCAAUCAGGUGCCCUUAAUUGGCAUGUUUAUGAUGGAUGACUACAAGCUAUUGUUCUACCAGUUAUUGCUUUAAUUAUCUUCCAAGGUCUUCAGUGCCUGCUUUACUUAUGUCACUGGAAGUCUCAAAACCAAGACACUCUCUUCGCCUGAGUUUUAUGCCUCAUGGUUGAAGUUUUUCUGUUAAUGAGUGGAAAAUAACCAUGAGAUACGUAGACUAGUGCAAAUGAUGGAACUGUUGAAAGUUCCUUAGAAAGCCAGUGCUGUGCUCUUGGAGAUUGUACCCAGAAACAGAUUCUUCUCCACUAGCACAGCUUGGAUCUCAGCCUAGAAAUGAGCCAAAGCUGUCUUCCAGCCGGAGAGAAGCAUAUACAUGUGCUGAUUUUUCCCCCAGCCUAUCAAAGAUUCAAUGAAAAUUGGCAAAAUGAACAAAUUCCACAUUCAAACACUCACUGAAAUGCUUUCAUAGUGCUUUAUUUGUAAAUAUUUUGGAUGAAAUGUAUUGGAGUAAUAUGAAAAUCAGCAGGAGAUGUGGGUCCCUGCCUCAUUUUCAUAUGCUGUGGAUACAUCUCUGGGAGCUUGCAGCACCCUUCUCAAAACUCAGCUGUCAUAUGGGGCUCAUUUGCUACUCAAACAAUAGACAAAUAUUUAACAUAAGUGAUAUAAUGACCUUCAGUAUUUUUCUAUUGAACAAGUUUAGCAACUUUUGCCAUUAAACAGAUGAUUAGUUAUGCAGAGUAUUUAGCUUUUAUAAUCAUUUAGUUAUGACUAAAAGGGGGGAAAUUGAGCUGCAUCACUGAUGAUGAACUUUGUGAGAAAUUUUUUGUUUAUCUGACUUUCAUUCCUUCAGUAUUCUUACUAUAAAUUUCUUUUGGAGAUAAUGAUGAAGAUUUAUUUGAAAAUGUCUAAAAUGUAUGUAUAUUUUAUAAAUAUAUAUUAUAUAUAUUAUAGGAAUAUAUAUAAUAUAUAUAGACUAUAUAUAUAUAUAUAUAUAUAUAUAUAAAACAAACCAUAGGUGCAUUUUACUGUUUUGUAUUUUCAUUUUUGGAGGUAGUGUACACAGCAGGUAAUGAUGAGUAUGAUGAUGAGUAUUGUGCUGUUUGCUUUUGCAGUAUAAUAUAUAGUUCUAAAUGUUUAAAUUACUGUAUAUACUAUAUUCAUUAUAGGCUAGCAUGCUUGUUUUAAAGACUGUCAUUCUAGUUUAUUAAAAUCUGAAUGUAAGAAAACUUGGCUAUUCAAAUGUGAAUUGAAAAAUAUUCCAUUCUCAGUACUGAAGUAUUUCCAUUGAACAUUCAGGAUUUUUGACAAAACAGAUAUCAUCAAGAAGGCAAUAGCUAGAGAAAGAGAGGUGCCUUUAAAAAAAAUGCAAAUGCAGCCUUACAGUGAGGAUGAGGAUUGAGUUUUUUUCUGGGUGAAGGGGUGUGAGAGAGUGUGAGUGUAUGUGUGUUGUGUGUAUGCUUGCCAGUCCACAAAGGUCCUGAUUUGUGACCAUCAGUGUCUUUUUAAUGUAUCUGUUCAACUUCUAGGACUUCAGGGGACAUUUCAUGCGCUGUCUUCGUGCUCUUCUGAGCACCAUAAAUACUUUCCAAGAAUUUUGAAUGUGAAUUCCUAGAAAUUUCAAUAGAGAAGAAAAUAACUAUUCUUUCAUUAUAAUUCAAGUUCAGGUAAAAGGAAAAGUUACUGAUUUACCAAAAUUAUGGGAUCUCAUUAAUGUUGGCUAAGUAAAUGUAAUUUUUAAAGGCUCACUUUUUUAGUGCUUCAUAUAUUUCCCCUUUACACAAGAGCAUGUCAUGAAAUUCUUAUGUGAAGGUUAAACUAGUAAAAGUUAUUUUUAGAUUAAACACCUGAACUAGUUAAAAUUCCACCUAAGAAUAGUAUUUAAAUGGCAUCUUUCAUAUCUACCUCUUUGUCAUUGCUGCCAUUUUGACUCAAGCAAAUCUUUAUGACAUCUAAAAUAAUGGUUGGAUGCAAUUUAAAAAUCUGUGUUGGUGCUUUUCUCAGGCUUUGUCAUUUAAGUUGUAUUGAACAAAGAUGUCACAAAUCAGAUUGAAAGGCUUAGAAUUACUUUGAUUUUCUUUUGAAAAAACUGCUUAAAAUUUAUCAAUGUUGAUAGUGGAGAUAGUUAGCUUCUGGUUAGUAUAUAUGUCUGUGUGAUAUUUUCAACCAUGAGCCAAACAGUUAUUGAAUUUACAUGGGAAGAGAGCUCUAAGUAUAAUUUUCUUCAUCUUAUUCUUUGAAAGCUAUUUCAAGGCUAUAAAGUACAUCAUGAUUGAUUUCUUUUACUCAGAAGUUGCCUCUGUGUUACUGUGUUACUUGUUUAGUUAUUUAUGUAAUUGCAGUAUUUUGUUUAACACUGGGAUUCAGGUUGUACAAAAGCAGUAGCUGACAGAAAUUAUAUGUAUAUUUUUCUGAAACGUAUCAAUUCCUUAGUAAGUUCACUUUAGACGAUGGUCCAGAAAACAAACAUGUUUGUAUUUAAAAGCAAGGGACAGGUCAGGUCCUUGGUAAAUGAUUUGAAUUGUUUUACUUUUGCCACUGGAAGCUUUUUAAUUGGCUAUAUCCAUCAUCCACUUGGAUCUCCAUGUUAUUUAUUGGAAGGGAUGCCAGGCUCACAAAGUAUUAAACAGACUGCAUCAUUUUUUUAAAUCCCCCCAAAAGCAAAUAUAAAGCCAAACAGGGAUUCCCUAAAUCUCAUUUAUUUAUUCUAGCAGUAUUCCUAAAGUGGUGCUUAAGGGUCAGAAUUUUUUGGAUCUUUGCUAGUCAAGCUUUAGAUUUGAUUUAACUGGGACCACAUGCCUGUCAUCCCUCUGAUGUAAAUUAGAAAGUUCAUUUUGAUUUAGAUUAACUCUAAUGUCUGCCUGGGUUUUUAACAGGCUGUGAACCAGUGAGUGCCUUGUUAACGUAGAAUGAUUUUUCCCUGGUUGUGUGUUAGCUCCUCUUUGAAAAUGUCUCAGAGAAUGGUAUUUCAAUUGAUUUGUAGAGAGCUGCUAAAUUUGGUAUUAUCGGCAAUCAGAAAGUCUUCAGUCUACCACAUACCACCCUCCCUACUUUCUUCUCAUUGUUUGGCUGAAGUUUGCCUCUUGUGAGAGACAAAUGCCACCCCCUUUUCACAUAGCUUUUUUCCAGUCCAAAGUAAAAGGUAUUCCCUUACACCCAUCCCAACGAUAUGAUCUAAUACUGUUUUUAGGAGGAACCACUUGUUUGUAAUCCUAUAAUCUACUGGUUAUGUUAUGUCUUCUCAACUUCAGUUUACUAGAACUGGCCUCAGGGCAUCAUCAGUUCAGAUUCCUAAAUAACUCCUUUUCUCCACACCCCUCCACCCCUCCAGCUGGUGAGCCCUGGGCCAGAUUGUUCGAUCUUCAGGUAUUUUAAAAUUUAGGUAUAAUAUCAACUAAUGUAAAUUAAUCCAGAUGCUAAUUUUUGUGGUGCAAGAAGUUUCUUUUGUAAAUUCAGGGUAUGGAUAAGCUAAUUAAGAUAUCCUUUUUUGGUGGCUCUAAGUGUAUUAUUUGUUUUUAAAUAAAGUGUACAAAUAUAGAUAACAUGCUAUAGGUGUCUCAUGAAUUGAAAUAUUUGUCAGAUUUGGAAUCUAGUGAAUUUGCAGUUAAGAUACUUGAAUAUAACCUGAUUUUAUUUUUUGUGUGGGAGGUAAUAGAGGGGUGCAUAGAAAUAAAAGUGUAUUAGACAAAGUAGAUGUGAAUCCAAAGUAAUGAACCAACCUUAAUUAUCAAUUGUAGGAAAGUGGAGAAGUUUAUUAUGAUAGAGGGUUUGGAUCUUUGGAAAGCCAGUAAAACUAAAAUAUCCCAUAUGAUUGGAUCAUGAUACUUUCAGGAACACAUAUGUAUCUUUUCUUAAGUGUUUAGUUAUAUAAUUAAAAAAAUUAUACACAUCUAUAGAUAAAUUUAAUGUGUUUUUAUUUUUUCUUUGGCCACUUUAACAAACAAGCAUAAGCCUUUUACCCCUUGCUCCUUGAAAUCAACAUUAUUUUUUAAGGGCUUCCUCUGCCCAGAAUUUACAAUCUCUUUUGUUCUAAUCUGGAGUCACAAUACUCUAUGGAAUCUGAAAGGCACCUCUUUUGGUGUCCUUGAAACUAUCCACUGUUAUAGGAUGCCACUGCAGUAAUGCAUGUUCUAUUCUUUGGUGUAUACACAUUUUUCAGUAGUGUCAAAAAUGUCCCUUUGUCCCUUGUAAUGAGAACUGAAAUAUGAUUUGCUGGGGUUAUUUUAGAGUAAUCUAGCUCAGAAGGUCAAGAGGACUCCAAAACGUUUUCAUGCAUUGAUGGUCCCUCUGGGGUCAGCCCAGGUUCAGAAUGGUAUUCCAGCCUGUUUGGGGUUUUCCUAAGAGUACCACUGAGGCUUCAAGGGGUCCUAGGUUGUCUUGGCACUUAGAGUAUUUCCCAGGAGCACGUAGAAGCCUGAUAGCACCUUUUAACCCAAACACUGUACCAUAACCAUCCCUCCACUUGUUGCUUCUAAAUUACACCUGUCACUUACAAUGAUGGGGACAUGUUCUGUGGAGAAACACUGACAUGCACUUUUGAAAAUUGAAUUCCAUUAUUUUGUGAAACACAAAUUUUAAUUUAGUGUAUUUUGUAUACUUUCAAAAUCAAGCAGAAUCCUAAAUCUGCCUAACAAAAUUAUUCACCUUGAGCUUCACUUAGAUCUUACAAAACCCUAAGCCCUUUCUUAUUCCUGGUUGUGAUGGUGGUUUCAGUCAGACUUGAAGAAGGAUCUGACUGUUUGGGAGAAUAAAAUCUUUAAUAUCAUGCUAAUAGGAAGGGUCUAUUUCAUAGAAAAUUCUCUUGUCCUUGGUUACUUAGCCAUUCACCUUGCAUGAAGGCUGGUCCAGAUGCUAACUCCACGUUGACUUUUCCUGUGUGUCUCUUUAAAGAGAUAAUUAAUCCAGUGAUGUGAAGGAGAACCCACAGUAAAACAUCUGUUAAAUAGCACUUGGAGUACUAGAGUUAGUAUUAUUAAUUCACGUGCCAAAGUUUUUCAUGCCCUCAUAAGAUCCAGGGUAUGUAUCAGGUUCUCUGUCUAUAUAUAACCUCAAACCAAAGAUAUUUUUGAAUUACCUCAUAUAAUAGCAUCAUCAAAUUAAGGGUAAUGGUAGGGAAACCCAUCAUUCAAAUGAGAAUUCCCAAACCAAAAAACUGUAAUAAAAAAAACCUGCAUGCAUGAAAAGCAAAAUUUUAUGUUAAGCAUGCGUUGUAAAAAUCAGCAGCUUGUGGUUUAUAUAUGUUGAAAUAUUAAUGUAUACUGACAUUCAACUACUCCUUAUGGAAAUGGGACAAAUAAUUUUUUAUCAAUAAGAUUAAUUUUCUUUAGAGCAAAAGAAAUUCAUCAGAAAGUUUACAUUGGAUAUUGGAUAACUUAGGUGAGGGUGUGGGGAAAAAUGUACCACACUAAAAAGGAAAAAGGAGUUAGCCUUUGAUCUGGAUCCAUCACACAUGGUCUUCCUUUCUCUUUAAAUGGCCUGGAAAGGUGACCUCUGAGAUCCUUUUCCUCUGUAAAAGUAAAUGGUUCCAGUUCUGGCUUGUUUUGUAAUUAUCCCUGUAAUCUAAAAGAUUUUUAAGAAAUAAAACUAUCCUAGAGUCCCCUGAUUAAAAAGUACCAUACAAUACAGCUUUUUAUUAUAUUGUAGCAGGCUGUAUUAAGACAGGGCCAAGUGUGCUGUGACAUCUACAUAUGUUGGAACAAAGACCAGACAUGUAAGAAAUGUGGCCAACUGGUGACCUCAUGAAAAGAUAGAACCUUUUUUUUUUGGCCACACCCGCAACAUACAAAAGUUCCCAGGCCAGGGAUCAAACCCCAGCCAUAGCAGUGACAUCUCUGAAUCCUUAACCGCUAGGCCACCAGUGAAACCAGAGAAUCAUUUUUAUGGGAUGAGUUCUGUUUUGAAUGAUUUCGACUAUGUUUUUAGAAGCAUUUAAGAAAUAUUUACAUCUUUUUCUAUAGAUUUGGAGAUCACAUAUUUCAGAAUAUCCUAUUGAUGGGAUUAUUGACUCAGUGUAUAUUAUAGAAAAAGAAGAACUCCAUGGUCUCAUCUUUUGACAGUCAUUUAUGGAUAACACUCCUGACUCUUGCUCCCCACAAAUACUCACAUGCCAUGGAAGAGUUCUUUCAAAUGUGGUAAAUAUUUCAGUAUAUUGCUAACUGGAAAAGCAGUAUUUUUAUACAUAGCUUGUAGGUAAACCAUGGAGCCUUGUGCUCUUUGAUACAUGUAAAUAUGAAUGGAACAUUAAAAUAGAGUAUGUGUAUUAUGUAAAUAAUGUUAGUAGUAUCCCUUUAAAGCUAUUAAGGGUAGAUUCUGCCAAUUGUCAUUCACAGAUUUUGGAAGUGUGCAUGUUUAGCCAAAAUACCAUUUGACAGUUCAUUUAAGGAGAAACUUUGUUUUUCAAUAAAGUAGUACCUGUUCAAUUUCCUUGUAUAGGUCAGGGUCAAAAGAAAUGAGGCUUUCAGAGUUCCCGUCGUGGCGCAGUGGUUAACGAAUCCAACUAGGAACCAUGAGGUCGCGGGUUCGGUCCCUGCCCUUGCUCAGUGGGUUAAUGAUCCGGCGUUGCCAUGAGCUGUAGUGUAGGUCCCAGACGUGGCUCGGAUCCCACGUUGCUGUGGCUCUGGCGUAGGCCGGUGGCUACAGCUCCGAUUCGACCCCUAGCCUGGGAAUCUCCAUAUGCUGAGGGAGCGGCCCAAGAAAUGGCAAAAAGACAAAAAAAAAAAAAAAAAAAAAGAAAGAAAUGAGGCUUUCUCCCAACUCUGAAACAUUCAGACUUACUUUUAUUCCUUUGGCCAAUCUUUUAAACAAGCAAGACAACAAGCUCCUUAUUUCUCAUUGUUGUAGGAUACUUAGGAAUAUACAUCUAAUGAUACAGUUUUUAAAAAAUGAAGCUUGCAAGCAGACCUUUUUCUCUUUAGAAACAUCAUUGCUUUCUCGAGGCAGAAAUAAUUUUACUUUUGAACUUGAAGGCUGUGGAUCCUGGCAGUUUUGUGCCUUUGAUGAAUGCAAGUUAAUACAGCUUGCUUCUGCAGAUAGACGCAUUUUAUUUUGUGUGGUCUUUAGAAAUUAUUUUGGAAGUACAAAGAUUGGUAAAGAAGAUAAUAAUAAGUUUAAUUUACAUAUGAUAUAUUUCAAAAUCUUGUGGAUUUUUUUGAAGCAUGGGCAGCAGGUAGUGAUGAGUUUUAUUAUGAAUGCCUUGAUUCUAACCCUAUCUUCAACCCAAACUUUGCAUAUUAGGUAUUGCUCACUUGUAGCCUAAAAAAAAAUGAGUUAAUUGUUAUUUGUUUGCUUCUGUCUCUAUAAGCUCCUUGAGGCAGGAACCAUGUUUGUUUUUCAUAUAUUCCCAUUAACACCUCUCCUGAUGCCUUACCAUAUGGAAAGUACUCAAUAAAUACUUACUGGUUGAAUGAUCAGAGAACACAUUUUAAAACUAUCCAAAUCAUCAAAGACAAGGGGGUGGGGAGGCAUCCAUGCCAGUCCUUAGAUGCUCUCAAAUGUGUUUAGGUUUGUGGAUCUGAUGCUAAGAAUGAGGUGUACACCCUACUUGGGGAGGAAUUUAGGCUCACCUGGAAGGUGACAAUAGAAUGCCUCAUCCUUUUCUAAACAAUUACAUUUUGUCCGCUUUGAAACUGAGCAAAGCAUGUGGGGGACUAGGUGGUGUCUCUAAGCCUUGUUGUGAUGUCUCUCUGCCCUCCCAGCCUCCUGAACACCAACUUACUGACCUCUGAUCCCUUGACAGGGAACUCUCUAACCUGAAACUAAACCCUGCCUUGACUAUCUUGGGCCCAGACCAGGUCCACCACUCUUUUUCCUUAUGAUCCUCAAAUGGUCUGCUUCUCCGGAAUGGCUUUUCUUCUUCAAAGAGGAAGGAAGAUUGUCCCAGUAGAAGCUUGUUGAGAAAGGCAUUCCUCUGGGGAGCUUGCUUUGGAGUUAAAGAGCUUGCUUGGACCAAGUUCUUAGAGCUGUUUUUGUUCUUAGGGAAGUUUUGUCUUGAAGAUCUGAUGGUAAUUAUCUAAAUGCUUAUUACCUCUCCUAGGGAUAGUUCUGCGUUAUCUUGGUUUGCUGCUACCACUCCAGGAGGGCCCAGGAGGCUUGAGGCUUGAGCUGAACAGCUUAAUUGCUUCAGGAGUAAAAUAGUCAACUAGUUAGAGACAGGGUGUUUAUAUCGAACAAUCAAAGGACUGUUAAAUCAUUAAGAGACUCAUCAACAGAGUAGUGAAUUACGUGACUACAAAAUAUUCAACUAAAAAAUCUCAAAAUAAUAUUAAACCUAUAUAUUCUGUAAGAACUAUUGUCUCUCUUUUUUAAUUAUUAAAAUACAAUUUCUGUACACUCAGUAUAGCACAGAGGAAAGAACAGGAUUAUGGCCUGGGCACAGAGCGUUUGUUGUCUGUGAGACUUUAAACAAGCUAAUCUGAAUUGGUUUCUCAUCUAUGAAAUGGGUACUAUAGAUCUACUCACUUAGAUUGACUUGAGAGAGUAGAUAUAAAACACUCUAAAUCUCGGGUGGUAGUAAGCAUUCAAGAAAUAACUAUUCACUUCCUGAAUUCAGUCUUCUUAUCAUGAAAUUCUGUCACCCUCCUGAGAGCUUCUGGAAUAUCAGAUUUUUAGGAGAAAUAAGGUUAAAAUGAACAUCAGGAGAAGCCCUAAAGAAGUUAUACAUAAAAUAUUACUUUCCUCAAUAAUUGAGUGCCUGCUAUGUGCUAGACUAUUCUAAGUGCUGGUGUUAAGUGCUGUAGCAGACAAAAUCCUUUACCUGAUACAGCUGACAUUACAGCUGGGGGAAACAACAAAUAAUACAAGUAAAAUACAUGGAAUAUUAGUGAUAGGUAUAAGGAAAAACAAAAAGAGGGGAGGCGAUUUGAUGUUUCUCAGAUUAAAAGAGUGACAGGGAUUUCCUCUUGUGACUCACCGGAAACGAAUCCGACUAGAAACCAUGAGGUUGCAGGUUCGAUCCCUGGCCUCAUUCAGUGGGUUAAGGAUCCAGCAUUCCCGUGAGCUGUGGUGUAGGUCGCAGAUGCGGCUCAGAUCUGGCGUUGCUGUGGCUCUGGUGUAGGGCAGAGGCUAUAGCUCCGAUUUGACCUGUAGCCUGGGAACCACCAUAUGCCACAAGUGCGGCCUUAAAAAGCAAAAAAAAGGAGUGAUGCAAAUUAAUACUACUUCCGUUUAAUAAGUUAAUUAAAAGAACAAUACAAAAGAGCAAUAAAUGAAAUAAAGAUGUGUAAUGGCAAAACUAAUAUCUCACCAUACCAUUUCACUCCCAACUCCGUUGUAGCAGCCUGAUAUCUCUUUCUAUAUUCUUAUUCACACAAAUAUGAGUACACAGAUAUUACAUACAGGGUUUUGUCUUUUUCUGUAGUUAUUCUGAAAUUUCUAAAAUGUAAUGUGUAUUGUGAGCACCUUACAAGUAUAUAUAUACAUAUAUAUGUAUAUAUCUUUUAAAUUUCUUAAUUUUUAUGCACAAUUUUACAUAAAAUAAUUUUUUGAUGGGUCGGUUUGCUUUACAUGGGAUUAUAUACAUCCUCUGCAUUUUUCUCAAUCAACAACAUAUGAAUCCCUCCACGUCUAUCUUAUAGCUCUUAUUUCAUUCUUUUUAAUGCUGGGUAUACUGUAUGAUGACAAAGUUAAUGUGAUGGGCGUUCAUUUCGUUAGCAGAUUUUUACUGUUAUGGUAAUUGUGCCUGUGCACAUAUCACGACCAUGAUAGUUUUACUUCUAUGGAAUAGAUUCCCUGGAUUAGGAUUGCUGGGGUGAGGAAUAUACAGAUUGAAAAAACUUUAGUAGGUGUUGAUAGAUUGUGUCCCAAAAAGAUUGGGAUAAUUUACAUUUCCAUCAGAAAAUGUACCAAAAUACUCUUACCCUUUAUACUUACUAGCAAAAAUUAUAGUGUUUAAAAAAAAAAAAAAAAAGAACCUGGUGGUGGGUAUAGUGAUUUCUUGGCAUUAUUUUAUUUGCAUUUUCAUUACUACUGUAAAUCUGGACAAUCUUUCUUUUGUUCUUUGGUCAUUUGGAUUUCACUCAUAUUUUAAUUACCUAUUGUAUUAGUUUUCUAUUGCUGCAUAACAAAUUACCACAAACUCAGCAGCUUGAAACAGCACCCACUGGUUAUCUCACAGUUCUGUCGGUUAGAACUUCAAGCAGGCUUUGAUAGGGCUCUCUGUUUACUGUUCAGUAAGGCUGAAAUGAAGGUGUGUGCUAGCCUGGGCUCUUAACUGAAGGCUCUGGGGAAGAAGUUCACUUUCAAACUCAUUCAUGUUGGUGGAGUUUGAUUCCUUGGAAUUGUAGGGUAGUUAUAGCACGGAGGGUCCUGCUCCCUUGCUGGCUGUUAGCCAGGGAUUGUUCUCAGCUCCUAGACGCUGCCCUCCAGUCUUUGCACGGGGUCCCCUUCACCCUCAAAGCUAGGAAGGCUUCAUCAAAUCUUCUCAUGCUUUGACUCUUUUCUGCUACCAGCUGCAGAAGACUGCUUUUAAAGGGCUCCUGUGACAAGGUCUGGUCCACCCAGAUCAUUUCCAUUUGUUAAAGUCAGCUGGUUAGCAUCUUUAGUUAUAUCUGCAAAAUCCUUCACUCAAUAAAUGUAGCAUUAUCAUAGGGGUAACACUGGGGGCAGAAAUCAUGGGGGCCAUCUUAGAAUUCUGCCUACCAUAAAUAUUCCUAUUUUAAUUUAUACUUUUAUAUUCAUUUUAAUUUUAUUCAUAUUUUUUGCUUAUGUUUCUAUUUUGCCUUUUUAUUUAACUGGUUUGUAGGAGCUUCUUAUAUUUCAUAUUAGGCCUUACUACUCUUGGUUGCAAACAUUUUUUUUCUCUUAUUAGCUAUCUGUUAACCACAUUAAUAAGCACUUUAUCCAUAGAAAACUUAGCCAUAUGGAUUUCACGCUUAAGGUUAAUUGCAUAUUUGCAUUUUUAAUUCACAUUCAAAAUACUCAUUUUUAUUUUCACUUUUUCAUUUUUAUUAACAUUUUGCCUAUAUUGCACUUUAAAAAAUUGUAAGGAGUUCCCAUCAUGGCGCAGCAGAAACAAAUCCGACUAGGAACCCUGAGGUUGCGGGUUCGAUCCCUGGCCUUGCUCAGUGGGUUAAGUAUUCGGCGUUGCUGUGAGCUGCAGUGUAGAUUGCAGAGGAGGCUCCACUCUGGCGUUGCUGUGGCUGUGGUGUAGGCUGGCAGCUACAGCUCCGAUUAGACCCCUAGCCUGGGAACCUCCAUAUGCUGCAGGUGUGGCCCUAAAAAGACAAAAGACAAAAAAAAAAAAUUGUAAGUGCUCUUUGUGUAUUAUAUAAACUCAUUAUUUGUAAAUUUUAUCCAGAUCUAUGAUUUGUCUCUUGACCAUAUUUAUACCUUUUCCCACUAAAAAUCACUCUAUUAGUAUAUAUCCAAUAUAUAUAUUUUCUGUAUUGUUUAAGGUCUUCACCCCUGGGUGGCAUGUAUAGUCUCCUGGAAUGGCUUCUGCAUUAUAUUUUUGGUUUUUGUUGUUAGUGGUUUUUUUUACAUCUGUCUUUAUUCCACUUGGAAUUUGUUUUUGUAUAGAAUGCAAGCAAUAGAACCUUACUUUCUUUCUGAGUGAGUUGCCAAUUUUUCUAGCACCCUUUAUUAAAUAAACUGUCUUUUCCUAAUGAAUUGAUACAUUAACUUUGUCACAUAUUACAUUUUCAUAUAUGAUAGGAUUUAUUUCUCAAUAUGCUAUUCUGUCUUGUGUGCGUGCGCACGUGUGCACAUGCCUGCACGUGUGCGUGUACGUGUGUGUGUGUGUGUGUUUCUGGCUGCGCCCGUGGCAUGUGGAAGUUCCCCAGCCAGGGAUCAAACCCAUACCACAGCAGCAGCCUAAGCCACUGCAGUGACAACACUGGAUCCUUAACCCACUGAGCCAUGUGGGAACUCCUGCUCUUCUGUUUUACUUCUAGUUCUCUUUACAUAUGGCAAUAUCAUAUGGAUUCAAUUACAGUGGCUUUCUAUUAUAUAUGUGAACAGUGAUGUUAUAAAAUGAUCAGGCAGAGCAUUUUCCCACCCUACAUCCUGCCGGCUGUUCUUUUUACUACUUUUCUUGGCCAUUUGAAGUUUGUGAUCAUUUUAUGUAAUUAGGAGUUGAUAUUGCAUUAAUUUUAUAGAUUAAUUUUAGGAAAUUUGACAUAUGAUAUUGUCUUCUAAGAACUAAGAAAGUUAUACUUUCAGUUUGCAGAGAUCUUGUCUCUAUCUGUAGUAAGAUUUGAGAAUUUUCUUCAAAUAAGUUUUGCAUCUUUUUUAUUCAAAGUGUUCUUGUUUCUUAGCCUUUUGGUCAUUACUUUGAAUGAGUUUUGUUUCCAUUUCUAAAGGCUUAUUAUAAAUAAAGAAAAAGCCUGUUUUUUUCUGUGUACUUAUCUUGUAUACAGCAAAUUAUUAUAUAUACUUACUAAAUUUUCUCAUUAAUUUCAGCAUUUUUCACCAGAGUCUCUUGGGAUUUUUAGAAAUAUAAUUGACACACACAAAAAUAAUUCAAUUUGUUUUUUGCAAUGUUUGGCAGAUUCUUUUCUAGAAUCUUUAUUUUCUAGAAACUCCAUCAUACUGUUUGUGUUAAUGGUGAUAGCAGGCAUCUCUGUUAUUGAUUUUAGUUGAGAUAGUUUGAGUAUAUAACUAUUUAGAAUAUUUGUUGCUAAUUGGUAAAUUAUCUUAUUUAAUACUUUUCUUUCCUGUUUUACCCAGAGAUUUUAUUAGGUAUAGCUGCUGAUUUUAUCAAAUGUAGCAUUUUUUGAAGUGGUUAUGUGUUACUUUCUUUUACUCUGUUGACUAGCUGGAUUAUGCUAGUAGAGUUGCUGACCUUAAACCACUCUUGUCUCCUUGCAAUAAAGCCUGCUUGGUCAUAA